UCCCGAAUUCCACUCCGUUCCGUCCCCAUUCUCGAAUUCGAAUCUCGAUGGAGCUGGGCGGUGGCGGCGGCGACGAGAGCGCCGCCAAGCGCGCGAAGCUCUCCUCCGGCGAGGACCGCCUCAGCGCGCUCCCCGACGACGUCCUCGUCCUCAUCCUCCUCCGCCUCGGCACCACCGCCGCCACCCGGACAAGCGUCCUCUCCCGCCGCUGGCGCCGCGUCUGGGCCCUCCUCCCGGAGCUCUGCAUCCCCGUCGCCCCCGAGCCCCACCGCUUCCGCGACGCCCUCGACGCCCACGAGGUGCCCCUCCGGGACCUCCUUGUCGUGGUCGAGGGCGCCGAAGCCCUGGCGGUCUGGCUCCCCGCCGCCGCGCGCCGCGUCUCCGGCAACCUAGCCCUUGUCAACUUUGAUCCGGAGAAAAAUGCCGAGGAGGAGGAGGCCGCGCAAGGAGGCGCCUUUGAGUUGCCCUGCUUCGACAAGGCCACCUCGAUCUCGCUCAUCCUAGGGUUCCACGGCCUUGCCAUGCCAACCGCCGGCGUCUUCGCCCAGCUCACCGGGGUCUACCUGAGCCGCGUCCGGUUCCAUGGCCCGUGCGCGCUCGGCGAUGCCGUGUCCUCGCCGCGGUGCCCGUGCUUGCAGAAGCUCACCGUCACCGACUCCCGUGGUCUGGGCAAUCUCACCAUCAACUCCGAGUCGCUGCUGCGGAUGGAGCUCAGCAACCUGCGCGGGCUGUGGCAGAUCACUGUUGUGGCACCGGCGCUCACGGAACUAACUGUGAUAUACUGCUUUAGCAACGAUGAGACGCAACCGGUUGCCAACAUCUCAGCCCCUCAGCUGCUGAGCCUCGUGUGGAGAGAUGCAUAUGAUCCGAGCUCCGUCCAGCUUGGCAAGAUGACACAUCUCCGAUUGCUGGGCACCUUCUUUUAUCUUGUAUAUGGACACGAUGGCCUUAGUCACAAUCACUCCUGUUUAACGCUCUUGCAGCGCUUUGAGGCCAUCGAAACCCUUUUUCUAACACUGGCGUAUAUACGGGAGAUAGAGAACUACGAAUACUUGAUGGAGGACAUGACAGUGCUACCUAACACUACGAUUUUGUGCCUGGUUGUAAUUGCAAAUGGACAUGCCUUUGGGGCCAGCGCAUUCCAUGUUCUGAGAUUGUGCACUGGCAUAAGAAGACUGAUGCUGCUAUUUGCUGCUCCUGUUGGCUUUGAGGCACAAACUGUAUGCCCAUCAGGUUGCAUUUGUGAUCAGCCAGGAGAGUGGGAAACCGAGGAAUUAUCAUUGAGCCACCUCGAAGAAUUUGAAAUCCGUGACCUGAGAGGAUCUGUCCGUGAAGUUGCUUUUCUGAAGCAGUUUUUCAGUUGGGCGACAGUGCUAAAACAGAUGGAAGUAACUUUCUACUAUAAAAUCCCUGAAAUCAAGGCCAAGGAAUUGUACCAAAUGCUUUGGAGCUUCUCUAGGCCAGGAAUACGCAUGACAUUUUAUAUCUAUCGGAAAUUUAGGAAGGUAGUAUAUGUGCCUGAGGACUAGUGCACCAGGUGUCCAGGUUGUCGCUCUAGUUUAAGCACUUAUCGUUUGUGUUUUCUCAGUAUGAAGUGCACUGCCUGAGAAAUGCGAGCAUAUCUUUAUUUUGUCUAUCUAUCCAGUGAUUCUA